AUUAAGCAAAAAAUAAUCAAUUUUUCUCUUUCCAUGGCUUCUACGGUACACCUCGAUGAGGAAAAUCGUGCUUAAAUCGUACGAGCACGGCACCAUCACCCCGAGCUCUCCUCCUCCCCGUCUCCUUUAUGUCUCUGUUUCUAUGGAAAAUUGAAAUGUUAUCUAUCUACAAUUCGUUAAACGUAUUAUAGAACUGUAUAAUACUUAUACUAGCUCUCAAAGAAUUAUAUAUGUUCUAUACCUAUACGUAUCUAUUAUACACGUCAUGAAUGAAUCCUGAAUCAACUACACUCUGUUUCUCGCUCUAGGAAAGAAAACCGGCAAUUACAGUCUGUUUCUGUGCUUACAUAUAUGUGUAUAUAGAUAUACGUGCAUAUAAAUCAUAGUGUGAGUAGGAGCCAUCUGGACUGGGAUUAUGGAGAUUGCAGCUGCAGCAGUUAUUGUGCCGUUGGGUGUUCUCUUCUUCCUCUCUGGCCUUGUCGUCAAUUUCAUUCAGGCAGUAUGUUUUGUGCUUAUAAGGCCAUUGUCGAAGAACACAUACCGGAGGGUGAACAAAGUGGUGUCGGAACUUUUGUGGCUCGAGCUUGUUUGGCUCAUUGAUUGGUGGGCUGGUGUCAAGAUACAAUUGUAUAUGGAUUCAGAAACCUUCAAAUUAAUGGGUAAAGAACAUGCACUCAUCAUGCCGAAUCAUAGAAGUGACAUUGAUUGGCUUGUUGGAUGGGUUUUAGCUCAGAAAUCAGGUUGCCUUGGUAGCUCACUAGCUGUUAUGAAGAAAUCAUCAAAGCUCCUCCCGGUGAUAGGAUGGUCUAUGUGGUUUUCUGAGUAUCUCUUUCUUGAAAGAAGCUGGGCCAAGGAUGAAAGCACUUUAAAGUUAGGUUUUCAACAGUUAAGGGAUUUCCCCCAACCCUUCUGGUUGGCACUCUUUGUUGAAGGUACCCGCUUCACUCAGGCAAAACUUUUAGCUGCUCAAGAAUACGCAACCUCAACUGGACUGGCUGUUCCAAGAAAUGUUUUGAUUCCUCGUACAAAGGGUUUCGUAACGGCGGUAAGUCAAAUGCGCUCAUUUGUUCCAGCCAUUUAUGAUGUGACUGUUGCUAUUCCCAAAACUUCGCCUGCUCCCACCAUGCUAAGACUCUUUAAAGGGCAAUCUUCUGUGGUUCAUGUGCACCUUAAGAGGCACUUGAUGAAGGAUUUGCCUGAAACUGACGAUGCUGUUGCUCAAUGGUGUAGGGAUGCCUUUGUGGCCAAGGACAAGUUACUCGACAAGCAUAUAGCCGAUAAUUCCUUUGGUGAACAAUUGCAAGAUACUAGCGGGCCACUCAAGUCUCUUGUGGUGGUUAUUUCUUGGGCGAGUUUGCUUACACUUGGGGCCUGUAAAAUUUUCCAGACAUCUUCACUUUUAUCCUCAUGGAAAGGUCUCGCUUUUUCAGGAAUCGGAUUGACAAUCAUCACUGUUCUUAUGCAAAUCUUGAUUCAGUUCUCGAAGUCAGAACAUUCAGCCCCUUCCCGGGUCAAACCAUCAAAGCCAACAAACAGUGUCUUUGGGUACUCAACAAGAUAAGCAGCAGUAAAAGAUGACAUAUAGCACCCACCCUUUGAGCGAAAUGUGGCAUAUCAUGAGUUGUUAGUCCAUUUAUAUUUGUAUUUACUUCAAUAGCAUACUCGCCCGUGCUUGAUUCUCGUAUGGAAACAAACUUUCAUUAGUUUCUUGA